GAGCCGCGGGAGCUGCUCGGUGCCGCCGCCGCCCGGGAGGGAGGUUAUGUAAGGGGGAGGGAGGCGGCGGGAGGAGGAGCAGGACGGCUCGCCGCCGUGCAGCCGCCGUGCAGCCGCAGCCAGCCGGGCCCGGGGCGGCCGCAUGUGCGAAGUGGGGACGCGGCCGCCGCUGGCCGCCGAGCGCGGGGAGCCGCCCGGGGGUGCCGCCGCCGCCGCCGCCGAGAGGUGCCGAGACAUGGGAGAACAGCCCAUCUUCACCACCAGAGCCCAUGUCUUCCAGAUUGACCCCAGCACGAAGAAGAACUGGGUUCCUGCAAGCAAGCAGGCUGUAACUGUUUCCUACUUCUAUGACAGCACGAGGAACAGCUAUCGGAUAAUCAGUGUGGAUGGAGCCAAGGUGAUCAUAAACAGCACCAUCACCCCCAACAUGACCUUCACCAAAACAUCACAGAAGUUUGGGCAGUGGGCUGACAGCAGAGCCAACACCGUGUUCGGGCUGGGCUUCCCCUCCGAGCAGCAGCUGACCAAGUUUGCAGAGAAGUUCCAAGAAGUAAAAGAAGCUGCCAAACUUGCAAGAGACAGAUCUCAAGAGAAAAUUGAAACCUCAAGCAAUCAUUCACAGACCAGCUUUGCAGCCAAGAUGAAAAGGGAGAUGCAGGAGACACCCAGUGUUGGUUUGUGUGUUGUGCUGCAGGAGUCUGGACGUGAAACACCCUCUUCCACCCGAGCUUCAAGUGUGAAUGGCACCGACGACGAGAAGGCAUCGCACGGUGGCCCUGCUGAGGCACAUCUCAAAUCUGAGAAUGAUAAAUUAAAAUUUGCUCUAGCCCAAAGUUCAUCCAACGUGAAGAAGUGGGAGACGGAGCUGCAGUCACUGCGGGAGAGCAACGCGCGGCUGUCCACGGCCCUGCAGGAGUCAGCGGCCAGCAUCGAGCACUGGAAGAAGCAGUUCUCAGCCUGCAAGGAGGAGAACGACCAGCUGAGGGGCAAGAUUGAAGAACUGGAGGAACAGUGCAAUGAAAUAAAUAAAGAGAAGGAAAGAAAUGCACAGUUGAGUAGACGUCUCCAGGAGCUGGAAACAGAACUUCAGGACAAAGAGCUGGAACUGGAAGAGCUCCGAAAGCAGGGUGAAAUUAUACCAGAGCUCAUGUCAGAAUGUGAAUCUGUAUCUGAACAAUUACAGGCGGCUGAGAAAAAGAACAAAGAUCUUGAAGAGAAAGUCAGAACGCUAAGGACAGAAGUCGAAGAGAACAAACACAGGCAGACCAACCUUAAAACUGAAUUAAAGAAUUUUUUAGAUGUACUAGACGGGAAGAUAGAUGAAUUACAUGAUUUCCGACAAGGACUGUCUAAACUUGGGGUUGACAAUUAGAUGGCAAUAGAUCUUUUUUGUAAUCUAGGGUCUGGAUGUUUGAUGUUUUGUUGAUCCCAAAUGUGUGUUUUACAAAAUAUAACUAGAAUGUUCCACUUGUUUGCAUUGGUUUUGUACAUAGAGGCUGAAAAUUUGCUGUGGGGUUUUUUUUGGUGGGUUUCUUUUUUUGUUUGUUUGUUUAUUUACCAAACCAAUCAUGCUGCUCACUGAAUUCUGUUGAGAUUAGAAACUUUCUAUAUUGCUGCUCUGGCUUUGUGGGGUUGGGAACAGGUAGAGGGUUCUGUCUCAGGAAUCUGGAACUAGAUCUACCUUAAAAUGAAUAUGCAGUUAGUUGUUGCAGGGAAAUUUAUAUCUUUCUUAAGGGCUGUUGCAACCAUAGAAACAGAAAAGAAGUCUUUUUCUUGUCUGGACUAUCAGCACUCUUAGCAGAAUUGACUUUAUUCCAUGGUGGAGCAGAGAGAUUAGCUGGAGCCCCUGCAGUUUGUAAAAUGUGCCUGUGAUGAGCUGCAGUCAGGAGAAUCACUUCUCACAGAUACCAGGAUCUUUAGGGACCAUGUCAAUCAGGCCCAAUUCAGCCAAAAAAAUGCAGUGGAUUUCAGAUAACCUCUGAUGGAGGUUUCGUGUGCUUGCCUGGACCCAUAGAGCACAAAGUCAACAAUGCAGAAAUGAGUUCCAGCUCUUGAAGUCAGUGUCUCACCAGUCAGUGAGAACAGCUUCUCUUGCUUAGCAGCAUCACAUCUCUCUGGCCUUCAGUUUUGAACCCAUGUGGUUCCAUCAUUAUGUGCAUCUCUGAAAAAUGCCCCCCUGAGUCUGGGGACUAGAUAUUUAUUUUGAAAAGGGAUUUGUUGCUGGUUUGUACAGGGCUCCUGCCCCUCUGCGUGCAACUUGAUUGUUGUUGAUCUGCAGCAGUGAGGAAGGAGACAUGGAUCUGAAAAGCAUCAUCAGGUUACUGGAAGGUGUUGCUCAGAAGCAAAUUUCUGCCCAAGAGACUGGCAGGGCAAUGGCCAUGGGAAAUUAAAUUUCUUUCCUAGGAUUUCUGCAUUCUCUGGCAGUAGGGUAGGAAUUAGUCACCAAGUUAGGUUGUACCAAAAAAAACCCUCAACCCCAGAGGCAGAAAUGCUCUUUUACUCUUGAACUGAUUAUUCAGCAGCUCUAAGAGUGUGUUGAGAAAUUCAAGGUCAUUCACCCUGGCCUUCAGUGAGAAGGAAGUUCAGUUCAGCACAGACAGGGAUGUAAAAAGGGUGAGAGAGGAGAAUCCAGCCCAAGCCUUGUUCUUUCCUCAAGGACUUCUUCAGCGUUCUUUCCCCAAGGACUUCCUUGAGCUUCUUUCUCUUCUUUCUCCAUAACCUGUUUUGAGAGUGUUUAAUUAAUUGAUUAAUUAAUUAAUUCAAUAAAGUACUUCUGUGUAGAUGACAUUGUAAUUUGCUUGAUUCAGACAACAGUUUAGCUAAGCACUGUUUUAGUGCUUGCCAGCAGGGACCGAUAUAAAAUGGCCAUGCUUUUCUUGGAAUUUCAGGGCUUUUUCCUUUUUUUGGCACGUCCUGAUUAUUCAAGUGACCUUUAAAAGAAAGGUGGGUUGUAGAUGAAACAUGCAUUGAAUACUUUUUUGCAGAUGAAUAUAUAAUCCCCGAGGUGGAGAUAGGAUCUGCAAUAGUCCCUCGAAUUUUCAUUUCAUCUCUUACUGUUACAUUAUCUUCAUUGCCUGUUUUUUAGAAUGGACUUUGAGUAUUUUUGCUUUUACUCCUUUGAAACAAUGGAUGUAAAACUAGGACCUUUCGUAACCAUUAUGACCAUUUACAUCUUGUUUUAAAAAAAUUGAUUUAGGCUGUUGAUAAUUAAAAAUAGAAAUAAAAAUCAGGUACAUAGCACGUAGGCGUGUGGAAAUUAGACUUUGCCAGCAUGGAAGAUUCAACAGUUGCAUAAUGUGGGGUUAGAUCAGACUUCUCAAAAUUGAAAAUGACGUCAGCAAGUGUGUGGUUGUGCACAAGUAGUCUCCAUUUUUAGUCUUUUUAUUUGAUAGAAAGUCAGAUAUACACCAUAAUCUAGCAGGCAGCUCAUCCUGCUUCUCCUCUCCUCCCAUGCUGCUUUUUGGUCUCUGCAUCAGCUGGGAGCCACAGGAUAACACAAUUAAGAGCUGCAAGCAAUACUGGCAGUGAGGGCCCUGCUCCUCCCAGUGGUUCAUUGCUUUUGCACCAAGGACCCUGCCCUAUCUUCCUUUUACUGCUGAGUGAUCUUAGGGCUUCUCUGUUUGUUUUAACAUAAAUUGUUUUUAACAUGAUGCUGGGCAAAAGGAUGCAAAAGAGUCUGUGAAAAAAUUACAUUAUCUGGUUUAAUCCAGAUCUUGGUUUUCCACUUUAGUCAGGUCUGUCUCAGAUCCAGUUCAUUAGGAAUGUAUUAAGCCACUCUUAAAUUGCAAGAGAAGUGUUUCCAUGGGAUUGCAUCGAUUAAACAGAUGGAGUUUGAUGGUGGCACAUUAGGCCAGUGCAUAGCUGUGUCACAGGCAGUUACUUCUGGGUGCUUAGUGCCCACCAGAGGAGCAAUGGAGUGUCCUUAAAGAAAUCCCUGCCCUGCCUCUUCUGUCUUGCCCCAGAUGUGUGUAUCACUUAUCUGCUAUUGCUCUGAUCUUGAGUCCUUAGGGAUGCCUGUACACAGCUUUAUGCUGUGGGAAAUUCUGUCCUUCAAGCCUCCAAGGGCUUCUUUUAAUUGCCUUCUUUCUUUUUCCUUCCCAACAGCAGUAAGUUGAGAGCUUCUACGUAUAAUCACUUAAACUCCCCAAAACUCCAUCUCUCUUAAGCUUUCCAUCUCUUUCCUUGGAUUUUUCCUCUUCAAGAGAAAAAAAAGAAUGGCAGUGCAUGGUCUCAGGAGUGUUUGGGCACCAACUGCAGCUGCCCUCUCUGGCCCAUCCCUGUCCCUGUCCCCACCCCAGGGUGGUGUCACACACUGCAUUUUCCUUGGUGCUGUCUGGUGGCCCAGCACUAACCCCUGUGCCAAACUGAGAGCCCCCCACUGCUCCUCUGAGGCUCAUCCAGCACUGAAAUGCCUCCUCUGUCCUGAUGGGAGCCCCAGGGCAGCCAGCCUUCCCCCACCGACGUGCACACACCAUGCUGUGGGUGCACUGACCCUCCUUUGGUGCACAGCUGGGAUUUCGCCUGUCCCUGUGGGCACCCUGAGUUCAGCUGGCAGACACCUGCUUAGGGACGGCCCUAAACACUGCCAGGGCCAAGAAAUACUCAUCCCUGUCCAAGAGAGGAUCUGCAGAGCUUGGUUUUACUUGUUACACAGUGCUGGGCCAAUCCUGGUCUCCCUGUGCCUGUCAGCAAUGCCUUGGUCAGCGCUCCACUCCCACCCAGCCUGAGCACAUUUACAAUUUACAGGGGGCUGUGCCUCACCUUGGGUACAGGCACGAGUUCCCUUUCUGAGUUCCCUUUCUGAGUUCCCUUUCCGAGUUCUUUUCUGGACACACGUUUCUCCCUCGGACUGGUUUUUAUGGCAGGAUCUCUCCUACCUCACUUACAUGGUCUUUCCUUGACAAAGGACACGUGCUUGGCGCUUCCAGCUGGGUUUCUGUCGGCUGCACCCCAGGGUCCUGCCACACUCCAUCCUGCCUGCCUGGCAUCUCAACCUGGGAGCUCCAGCAGGAAAAACCUCUGCUGGCCUCCUGUGACACCAGGACAGAGUGUGACUUGCUGACCUUUGGGUGUGAUGCUUCUUUGAGGUGGUGUUAGAGCUGCUGAAUAAUGCUAGGGUUUGAGGGGUUUUGACAAAAUGAGAAAUAAACAGAUGUACCUUGUAUUACAUAAAAGCAAAAGUGACAUAAAAAAUGGAUGGAGUUAUUUUGAAGGGGAAAGAAUAUUCCAUUAGAUAUAUCAUGUCACUUUUUGGAAAAAUACCUUAGUCUCAUAUUAGAAAUAAAUGAUUUCAAAAUGAAAAAGUAGAAAUUUGUUGCACAGCUCAGAAUAAAGAAGAUUAACCUUUUUGGGGUUUAUUAGUUGGCUGAAUCUUUCUUUGCCAAUUCUGACUCAACUUCGCAAGUAGUUCUGUUUGGCCUAGAAGUGCAUUUUCAGCAAAUGCAGUACUUUGCAGUGUUCUGUCUACAUUGGUGUCUUCUUUACUAAAUGAGCUCACUGGAAGAGAACUGUCUUUCUUUAAGAAAUUCAGCACCACCUGUCCUUUUCUGUAUCCAAGCAUUCAAAAGAUGUACUUUCUAAAAACAGCUUUACACUGGGUUCAUCUGUGGCCAGAAAACAAAUGUUAUUUAGACAAUAUCUUUUUUCCUGGACAAACACCUGAUUUGGCUUUUAUGUGAGUGAUUUAGGGAGAACAAUUUUUUAAAGCUGCUCAUUGAAUGAAGGUGAGCAGGAAAGGUUUCUGCUGUCCUGCCUGCUGUCCUGACACUGUCUUACAAGGGUACCAGCCAAAGCACUCAUGGUGCUCAGGCAGGAGCUCACCUGCCCUGGCCAGUGACUGCUCAUUGGCUUGUUGGGAACACUGGCAGCAGGGCACAAAUUGUCCAGAGAUUUCUGUUCUCUUCUCUGUUCUGUUUAUUUUUUUCCCCAAGUCUUCAUUUCUCUUCCUUAUUAAUUUUUUGCCACCUUUGGCUGCGCCAUAAGUGACAGAAGGAAAAUUCCCUGCUACUGUCACCACCUUGCAGUGGUGGGAGUUUCUCAGCUCUUCCUUAGGCUCUUCCAAAGAGUUAUCUUGGCAAAACUCUUCGAAGCAUCAAUGGUUGAUAAGGAGUAUAGUGCUGUCUUCCUGAGCCUAUGGAUUAACAGAGAUAAAACCCCUGUCAGGGUGAAAUGCCUCCCUCAGCUCAGUGUGUGCCCAGGGCUAAAUCUGAAGGGAAGGGGUGUAAGGGGAGGCAGCAGCAGCAGCAAUUUUUUUUUUUUGCUAUUAUUUCAGCAGAGAUUUCAGUGAAAGAUGUGCUCUGCCCACGAGCUCUGGAUGGCCACACUGAUCCACCACCCUCCUGCCUUUGUCCAGGCAGUUCCAGGCUUGUCAGGCCUGUAAAUAUCAGAAUUCCUCAGCAUAUCACAGGGGGGUGGCAGGGUGCAAGGGCAGCACAGCUGGGAGAGCAGUGCAGUCUGGUUAUGGUCAGGCACUUCCAGCCAAAAAUAGGAGAAGCUGUUCCUGUCCCACAGGGCCUCAGCAGGGACCUUGCAGGAGGGCAGGAACAGCUUUUGGGGGCUGAGGGGCAGCAAGGAGUCCCAGGCUGGGCUGGCAGGGUCUGGUUGUGGGCAUAAUUUAGCAAAAAAACAGAAAGCUACCCUAAAGUAGUUUUUCUUUCCAUGGAUGGUGCUCAACAAGCACCUGUGUGUCAGGAAAAGCCAUGCACAGCCACAAGGUGAGUCCAGACACAGCCAGAGAGCCCCCAGAGCCUGGCCAGGGAUGCUGUGCCAGGCCCCAGGAGCUCAGCAGGGCUUUAGGCUCACUGUUGGAAUGUAAACCUGGCGUGAAGUUUGCACAUCUUGAAUACCAUUCUCUGCAGUAAAUGAUAAGUGAAGCAGAGUCAGGAGAUGGAUGAUAAAUGUGAUGAAGGUGCUUCCCAAAGGAGGGCUCUCCUGCAGGCUGUGGGCAGAGCUGGUCCUGGCCAGGAGGGCUUUGCUUGCAUCCCUGGGGGAUGUUGGAUGUCCAGCCUUUGAUUUUCUACUGUGUUUUAUGUUAGCUCUUUUUCUUUUUUUUUCUUUUUUUUUUUUUUUUUUUUUAAGUGAGUAGCCUGAACAUACAAUCUUCAGAUGAAGGUGCCUAUACUUCCAAAAAUUUUAUAUGCACAUUUUGAAAGUUAGUUAAUUUAGUUACCUAAUAAUAAUGGUACAUAGAAGAAAGGCACUUGACAAAAAAUUGUCUGCUAUUGUAUUUUUGUUUGGGUUGGGUUUGUUUGGUUUUUUUAACACUGGUCAGCAAUAAUUAUUUUAGCCAUAUACUAGCUAAAAAGACUGAUAAGUAAGAUUUGUGAACUAGGCUUCUAAGUUUGCAGGAUUUUGAUUAACCUGGGUAUGUGAUGAGGAAGCUAUGCUCAGUAAAAGAGUAUUUUGCAGCAUUUAGAUGUUUUCAUUUAAUUGCCUAAUAGUCAUCAUGAACAUAAUAUUCUAUAAAUCUCAUCAUGAAUGACAAACAAAGCACAUCAUUUUUAACAUGAAUAUAUCCCUUGUAGUUGAAAGUUCUGAGAGUGUACUAGUGUGGUCUGCUAUACCAAAAUAUUUAGGUUAUUAUGAGGUUUUAGUACUAAACAUACACCCUGUUUUUACUGUUUCAGGUAAAGUUUAGUGAAUGACAAUUUGUUAAUAUACAACUGUGGGAAAACACUGCAGUGCUCUAAAUGUAUAUUUUUAUUUGGGUUUAUUAUAUUUAGUAUAUGUUUCAAUGAAAACUGAAGUGUUUACUACAGUUGGAUCAUUGUAAAAACAUCUCUUACCUCAUUUUGUCUGCUGUAGAAAAGUACUAUCCUCUUUUUUUUCUUUUUUCAAAUUGACCAUAGACAGUCAAUGUUAAUAUUUAGACUCCUAGUAGCAGUAAAUGCUGGGUUUUAUAUCUAUGAAAUGAAAACUUGAUUUUUUUCUUUAUGAACUUAUUAUAUAACUUUGUGAUUUUUAUCUGAUUUUAUUGUAACAUAAAGUUGUUUUAUGUAAAAAUAUAUAGUUUAAGUAAAA